AUGAGACAACGGAUAGAUAACUUGGCGAAGGUUCAGUCCAGGAAUGGAGUGUGUUUAACUACUUACGGUCUUGCAAACACCUGUCAUAAACAGUUUAGUGAGGAUAGAUAUGGCGACACGUUCACGUGGGUAAGCUAGACAACAGACAACUUGCAUGUUGGACUAAUUUUUGACCUAGGCAAAAAUUACAAAUGUUGCAAAAUUGCAAACUUUGGUUACGAAAUGUUGUAAAAUACGGAAAAUACAGCAUUGCGAAGUUUACAUAUUUUGUAUAUGUUUGUAUAGACCCUUUGCACUGACGUCACAAAUCCUUAGAGUGUCCUCCAGAUGCUCCCUAACAAUAUCUGUUCGGGUACAACAACCACAUACAGCGCAAAAACUAGCCAUUUUGAUACAAAAUUAUUAUAAAGUUUUACAAAAUUUUCUUUGUUUACAAAAGUUAUAUUAUGCAUUGAUUGCUAAUUUGUCCUCCAGAUGCAUCAUCACCGGCGCUGUGACGUCAUGUGUAAUGGGUCUAUUGAGUGCGGAAAUUGUUACCAUUUUUGAGCCGAAAAUGGUAACAAUUUUUUUCGCACGUACUGUAAUGCAAACAUUUAUCUUACAAAAUUUGCAAACUUUGCAAGACUAUACUUUCCAAGCUUUACAACAUUUCGCAACCAAAUUUUGCAGUCUCACUAAUUUCAUAAUGUUCUUUUUAGCUGUGGUGUUUGAUUCCCUUGAUUCCCUUGAUCUUUUUACUAAUACAGUAGAUUAAAUUUAGUCUAACAUGCAAGUUGUCCAUUCAUCCUAGCUCUCAACUGCAAGUAAGAAUGAUUAAUUAGCACACCCCAACUCACACACUUACCGACUUAUUCUCUAGGAUUACAUCAUACUUGAUGAAGGACACAAGAUCAAGAACACUGCUAACAAGACGACCAUCGCAAUUCGAGCCAUCCCAGCUAACAACCAUUUUAUUUUAACUGGAACACCGAUACAAAAUAAUUUGAGGGUAGGAUUGAUUGUUUCUUCAUUACUUCUUAGAGUCGCCGUUGGUUUCGAUCGUAACGGGGCAGUUUUCGGCUUUCGGAAAUUUUACCUUAUUCCGAUGGCUGCAUUUCUGAAGCCGACCACUGAAUGGUGUCCAGUAAUGCUUACUGAAACCCGCGCCAAUAUAAAAGUAUUAGAGGAGAAUCUUAAAAGGUUCAUAAUUCAAAAUGUUUGUUCAUCUCUUGCAGGAAAUGUGGGCUCUCUUUGAUUUCGUCUGUGAAGGACAACUUCUUGGGACGUCAAGAUCGUUUAAACAGGAGUAUGAAAAUCCCAUUGUUCGAGUAAGUUUAUUGAAAAAUAAAUACUCGUCUUCAUUGCCGCGCGAAAAGAAUCGUCGCCGUUUGUCUAUACUAGAGUAUUGGUGAUCAGUCGUUAGUGCAUCAUUGGGCAGUGUGGAUUAUAAUAAUUAACUUUUGAUAACCAGUCCCAACGAUCCAUGCAACCCAAAAGUUCUUAGUCCGGAUUGUUUAGUCGAAUUUUCUGUAUGUCUGCUAGAGCUGUGCAAACUCCGGUUAUUUUAGCUCCGGGUCCGGCAGUCAAAACUCCGGCUCCGGCAAGGAAAUUUUAAGGAAAUUUCAUAUUUAAAAGUAGAAGCAGGCGAAGUAUUUCAGUGUAAUUUCAGAAUUUAUUUUAUUCCUUUUUGAGCUUUCUCCUCUACUUAUCAAAUAGACGUCCUUUGGUGCUUGUUUAAACGACGUUUUGCAGAAAGUAUAAAACCGCAUGGCAGCGUAGUAUUUUCGGCCAAUAUACAUCGGGGUUAGCGGAUUUUUGUAUCAAAAGCGAUAGCAAUGCGCUUGCAGAAUUUUCGAAGACACAAAUCGGAUUGGAGCAAGUAAUUAAACUUUAUAGUAACUUCAAAUCAUUCAACUUAAUUUUUCCAUUACCAAAAGUUCAUUGAAAUAUGAAAUAAUUUUUCAUAAUUUUGUCUGCGCUCCGGCGCACAGCUCUAAUGUCUGGGACAUAAACUUGGUGGUGUAAACUGUUGUUGCACGUCACAGCGAAGUCAAGAAACUCUUCCGUGUUUUGGUUUAAAACACUAUCAAAGUUUCUGUGAUCACAGUAGAACAUUUGCAUCGGUAAAUUCUAUGUUUUGAAGGAUUUGUAAAAAAUGUUUGAGGAAACUGACUUAAUGUUAAACACUGAGUCCCAGGGCUCGAAUAUUAUCGCGGCAAUUGCGGCAUUUGCCGUAGAGGGAGAACAAAAUGCCGUGGAUCAUUGCGGCAACGACGGCAAUUUUUUGCCGUAUAGUGUAACUUUUAUACUAUUCACUAUGCAUUACUACUUUGAUACUUGAAUUCAGAUGUUGAUCAAAUCAUGCGUAAAUCACUAUUUUAGUCUGUUUUCUUCGAGAAAAAAAACACUAAAGAAAUACGUAGACAUGUAUCUAGAAAAAUGCCGUGGAAACUGCCAAAAUUGCCGUAGACUGCUGUUACGUUCUACGGCAAUUUUUAACGCCAUUGCCGUCGAUUGAUUU